AUGGGGAACAUAACGUGUGUCCCUCAGGCACCUGGGGCAUUCCGGAGCUCUUUCCGAAGGAAGCCUUCGCUCAAGAAGGAACAAAAUGGUAAGAAAAAACUGCCCAGCUUUUUGGGUCUGGAAAAAGGGAAGGAGAGAGAUACGACCACAGAAAAUAUCCUGCAGUAUAUUCCAGGAAAGAACAUCCAGAACCAAGAAAAUCAGAAAGAAAACUUGGACCAGAGGUUCCCCAGCCUGUUCAAGAAGGGACGAAGGAAAAUGGUUGUGAGGAAUAUGGGCAAAAUGAUCUACUACUCCAAGGUCAAGUUUAAGUUCCAGCACUGCCAGGAGGUGAAUGACUGCUUCUUGGAGCUGUUCCAGUCUUACCUGUACUUCCAGUCUGUGGGCUCCAAUGGGCUCACCUACCAGGGGCUGCUGCCUUUAAAAGAGCUGAGUGUGUGUGAAGUCCCCACUGGGAAGAGCUCGGGGCAGGAGGAUCACGCGUUCCGCAUCGCAGGUCCUCUGCUGAAUCCCCUUAUCAUCUUCUGCCCUACUGAGUCAGACCUGAAGCAGUGGCUUUAUCACCUGGAGAAGCAGAUCCAGCUGAAUGGAGGGAACCUUGGCUUGCCCUUCCUCUCCCAGGUUAGUUGGAAGCAGAGCUCCAUGGGGAAGGAGGAGCUGCGGUGGUCUGUGCAGAACAUGCCUGUCCAGGAGUGGAGAGGGACCCAGAGGGAGUCCCUAGGUGAUGUCCUCUGUGUUUCCAAAGUGAAGCUUCAGCAUCUGCCUUUCCAGGAGCAGCAUGACAGGCUCCUGGUGCUGUACCCAUCCACACUGGUGAUAGUCUCUGAAGAGCACAACAGCCUCUGUUUUAAGGGUGAGCUGCCACUCAAUGCCAUCCAAGUGCUCUUUGAAGAGAAUGAGAAAACCUCCUUUUUAAUAGAAGGCAGGCUGAUCAACUCCAUCCGGGUGACCUGCGGCAGCUAUGAGGACUACCAGGAGUGGCUCUACUGCCUCAAAACAGCGCAGUUUCGAAACGCAGACUCCUCCCUCUCGGGGUCAGAGAGCUGCUCAGCAUCAAAGCCACCACACCCCAGCCAGUUUGCAGGCAGUGGGAGAGGGUCACUCACCUCGGACGGCCGCACGAACUCCUGGGCAUCGGCAGGGAGGGUGCCAGCCUUCACCCACCUGUCCCACACCAGUGGCUCCUUCCCUGAUGGACAGUCCCUCGUGAUGAUGGCUGAGAGCAGGCAGCUUGAAGACCCCCUUUCCUCUGGCUAUUCCCAGCCUCUCCAUUGCCUGGCACAAGCCAGCUGGCCAAACGCAGGGCUGCCCGCACAGGACCUGCGGAGAGGAGGCAGUGCCAGGAAGUCCAAGCCUUGUGCCCAGCAGCUGCCCAGCCAGGACUCAGAGAGGAGCAUCUGCAGCCUCAUUCCUGGGAGCCCCAGCGCCGAGCUGCUGUCCCCAGUGUACAACCAGCCCUACUCACAGCACCACCCCCCAGCUCCCCACACACACCUGGACCUCAGCAGCUUCCUGCAGAGUCAUGGCCAGCUGGGCUCAGCACAGACCAGCAGAGGCUCAGCUGUCUCAGCACCCCCACACCUCUCUCUGCAGAGGAGGAGCUGCCAGCCCCUGCCCAGCAGUCACUGCAGAGAGGUUGCUGCAGCUCCAGGUUACACCUCCUGCAGGCUCCAGCUGCGGCAUCCUGCUGAUGCUUACCUUGAAGAGGUAUCUUCUCUGCAAGAGGAACAUCUGGGCCCCUCACUGCACCCACCAGAUGGGAAUGUUGACACUUACGACCUGCCUGAGGCUGGCUGCUCACCCCUCGACUCCACAGCCUACCAUGACUAUGCAGAGCUCCAGAGCUUCCAGAGUGACCUCAGCUAUGACAACCUGUGGGAAGCUGAGGAGAAGGAGCCAGACACCCUGCACAGCUCCCCAGCAUCCAGCCAGCAGUUUUACCAGGCCUGA